AUGUGCUUGGAUAGAUUGGGAUGGGACUGUGAACUGCAUGGCAAUCUACGUGAACAGUGGAACGUUUUAUUGUCAGAGUUAAAGUUUCUAAAUGAUGUUCGUGUACCGAGGUGCUAUUAUCUACUCCAACCGAAAUACUUUACUACACAAGUUCAUGGAUUCAGUGAUGCAUCUGAAAGUGCAAUUGGUGCUGUUGUCUAUGUAAGAACAGUCUAUGAGAAUGGUACCAUCGACGUGAAAUUAAUCGCUUCAAAGACAAAGGUCGCACCAGUGAAAAAGCAAACGAUUCCCCGUUUAGAGCUGGUGGCAGCGACUGUACUAGCGAAGUUAGUAGAGUCUUUGUUAAAGGCACUAAAGUGGAGUCUGGAAGUUUUUUAUUGGGUUGACUCGAUGACAGCACUUCACUGGAUACGAAACGAUCGAGCAUGGAAACCAUUCGUGCAGCAUCGAGUGAACAAGAUUCGAAGUAUUUCGUUGACGGAAUCUUGGAACUUUUGUCCUGGAUCACUUAAUCCUGCAGAUUUACCCUCACGAGGUAUUUCUGGGCAACUACUUUCGAAUUCUUCCUCAUGGUUCAAUGGACCCAAAUUCUUGGCAAGAGGCGAAGAAGAGUGGCCAAAACGUCCAGUUGGCAACCUCUCACAAAGUGACGAAGUUCUGAGGGAAAUUGUGAAAGAGCAUCCGAAUGUCGUAAGAUCACUAGUUUCGAAUGAAAUCGAACAACGAGCCAUGCCAGAUCUUAACAAAGCAAUCGACAUUACUCGUUAUAGCUCCAUGAAGAAACUUCUUCGAACAACUGCUUAUGUAAUGAGAUUUAUCAACAUGUUAAAGAAGAUGCCACGGUGCGAGCGAACAACAAACAAACUCACAACCUCAGAAGAACUAAGCUCAGACGAAAUAAGGAAGGCGCAGCUGCUGUGGAUAAGGUCUAUUCAACAACUAUCCUUUGAAAAGGAAAUACUAUUCCUUCUGUCAAAGAAUGUGAAUUCUUCAAUACCCAUUUACGUUAAGCAAUUUGGGCUAUUUCUCGACGGUGAUCACGUGCUGCGGUGCCGUGGGAGACUGAAGAAUUCAUCGCUGAAUCUGGAGAGCAAAAAUCCUGUAUUGCUUCCAAAGGAAUCAAGAUUUGUGGAGUUAUUAAUAUGCGAGGUUCACCACAAUGUGAAGCACAGCGGGAUUCGUGAUACACUAACAACCAUUAGAGAGCAUUUUUGGAUAAUCCGUGGUCGAGAAGCAGUAAAGAAAAUAGUCAGGAAAUGUGUCGUUUGUCGUAAAGCCGAAGGUCUUCCUUAUGGGGGAACGCCUCCUCCAGAUCUUCCUGUUAGCAGAGUGUCGGAUGAUCCCCCUUUCACAAACGUAGGUUUGGACUUUGCCGGACCUUUGUUCGUACGAGAAAGUUGUGAAAGGAAUAAUUUGUCGGAUAAUCCAACAAAGGUGUAUAUUCUAUUGUUUACGUGUGCGUCUACUAGAGCCAUUCAUCUGGAGCUCACUCCUUCCUUAAGCGUUCCAGCCUUUCUCCGCGCGUUCCGAAGAUACGCUAGUCGACGAGCACUGCCAGCUCUUCUUAUAUCCGAUAAUGCUAAGACUUUCCGAGCUGCAUGCUUAGAAAUUCGCAAGUUAUGUCGUUCUGAGGAAGUGUUACGCUAUCUUGCAAACCAUCAGAUUACAUGGCAAUUUAUCGUCGAAAAGGCCCCUUGGUGGGAGGCUUCUGGGAACGUUUGA